CUGACUCAUGGCUUCCACACAAUAGUGCCAUCGAUUGUUUGGAUCUCGCGUUAGGUAUAAAAAAGGCUUAAAUCCAGGAUAGGAUUGCUAUGGCAUCACUCAAUGUAUCAGCCACCAUGCACGGCAAGAUCAUCUUCUACGAGGACAGGAACUUCCAGGGUCGCUCCUAUGAGACCAGCAGCGACUGUGCUGACAUGGCCUCCCACCUGAGCAGGUGCCACUCCUGCAAGGUGGAGAGCGGCUGCUUCAUGGUCUACGACCGUCCCAACUACAUGGGAAACCAGUACUUCAUGAGGAGGGGCGAGUACUCUGACUACCAGCGUAUGAUGGGUUUCGGUGACUGCAUCAGGUCCUGUCGUAUGAUCCCCAUGCACAAAGGGUCCUAUAAAAUAAGGAUCUACGAGAUGGAGAACUUUGGAGGUCAGAUGCACGAGCUGAUGGACGACUGCGACAACAUCCAGGACCGUUACCACAUGUCCGACUGCCAGUCCUGCAACGUGAUGGACGGCCACUGGCUGAUGUACGAGCAGCCCCAAUACAGAGGCAGGAUGAUGUACCUGAGGCCCGGAGAGUACAGGAGCUUCAGGGACAUGGGAUACGAUGGAAUGAGAUUCAGCUCUAUCAGACGCAUUACUGACUCCUGUUAA